GUAUAAGAGAGUGAAUGUGACGGAAAUUUUUGAAACAUUGAAGAGAAUCAGUUGAUCGCAGAUUUUACAUUUUCGUAUGCCUAAACGUGAAAUUUAAAUAUGAUAUCGUGGCUAAAGAAAUGCAUUUUGAACUGGUUUCAAUCUCUGGUUUUAAGGAUUAUUAAGACUGGCGAAAUGCCUAAACACGUGGCAUUUAUCACUGAUGGUAACAGACGUUAUGCGAAUAAAUAUAACUUGAGCCGAAGAGAAGGAUACUUAAAAGGAUUAAACAAAAUAAAUAAUAUAUUAAAUUGGUGCAUGCAUCUCGGUAUUGUAGAAACCACAAUUUAUUUAUUUAGUAUAACGAACUUUAAACGUAGCAAAAAAGAAAUUGAUAAUCUCAUGGACAUUAUCAAGCAGCUGUUCAAAAGUUUAUUAGAAAACAAGGAAAAAUUGAAGGACAAUGGAAUAUGUGUUCGUGUGAUUGGCAAUUUGUCCCUGCUGUCAGAAGAUUUAAAUAAAUUAAUAGCUGAAGUUAUGAUUGUUACUGGGGAAAAUAAUAGAAUAUUUAUUAAUUUUGCUGUUGCUUAUACAUCAAGGGAUGAAAUUACUCAUGCAAUUAAAGAUAUAAUACAAGGUGUAAAGAAUACUGAUAUUUUACCAGAAGAUAUUAAUGAAGAUCUGAUUACUGAUUGUUUGUACACUUACAAGUCUCCAAAUCCAGAUUUAUUAAUUCGUACUUCCGGAGAAAAUCGACUUAGCGAUUUUCUCAUGUGGCAAAGAAGCAGAAUAUACAUAGGCGGUCGUUGCUGUUGCAAAUUUACUGGCGAGACAGUUUGAUUCGCAGCAAUUGAAUAACAAAAUCAUCGCGGAUCGCGAAGGCGUAUAAUGAAAGGAAGGUUGUAAUCACCCUCCUCCGUCAUUUGUGAACGUCGGGGCUUCUCGUAGACGAUCCGCUGUCCCGCCCUCGACCUCCGCUUGCGCGACGGUGACGAGUUUACACGCCAUCCAGUAAGCACGCGCCAAUUUUAAUACCGUCGUCAAUUUUGACACAUGAAUAUGAAGAACGGGCCAAAAAUAAAGAAUAACGAUUAAAUGAUUAAAUUCAGACUUUCUUUUAAUAGAGAU